GUAGUGCAGUAAAAGCCAAAUUUACCACAAGCCAAAUUUCUCUCUGGGCGCUAGGCAUCUCGACCGUCUUCCUCACUUUCUCUCAAAACCCAGAACGACUCUGCUGCGUUUCCAUUUUUGGCGGGUCCUCUUCACAAAUCACAAUUGGUUCCACUCAAAUUGAAUAUGAGGUUUUCGGAUUCAAUACCGAAUCCGGAGUUCUUCUUAGCAUUCACCCCCCCCACGGAGCUCAAAUUCCCCUUUGAACCUCCAAAUCCAAAGGAAGCUGUAAAGUGGUUUUAUCUUGCUUCUUUUCAGGGCUAUGUCCGAGCUCAAUACCAACUUGCAAUUUCUCUGUAUCAGGGACGUGGGGCAGAUCGUAACAUGAAAGAAGCGAUGAUGGCGUCAAAUAAGGCCUCAAGUGACGACAAUAGCGAAAGAAUGAAGAGAAGAAGACUCAGAGAAAUGUUUCCUGCCAACAAAGGCGAGACCAAUGAAUCAAUUCAUGUUAGUACCGGAUUCUACAUUAGUGUGUUUGAAGGUAUGUCUUUGUUGAAGUCUGAAGUAGCUGCUAUAAAGUCUGAUGUGGGGAGGCUUAGAUCAACGCUGGGAUGUUUGGAACCCAAUAUUGAGACAUUGAGACAAAAAAUAAUUGAAGUACAAGACUUAGCCUGUGAACUGAAAGUUGGUGGGAUUGAAGGUAUUGUUGGUGAGGUAAUACAUGUUGUGACAACAAUGUGGCCAAACACCUUGCAUAAGGUUGCUGAAAAUGUUAUACAACCCAUGGAUGAGAAUGGUGAGCACAAUUUGGUGGCUGACAUUCGCAAGGAGUCACGAAAGAGGAAAUUUUGUCUCAGCUCUCCAUUAUCAUUGGACAGCCGUGUGAAGCACCGAAUAUGUGAGGAAAUCCCUGCAAAUGAGGUUGACCGUAUGGAAGAUAAGAGGAUGACAGGAAAAGCAAAGGAAAAAAAUGGCACGGUGGAAGAGGCUAAACAUAGAAAAAGAAACAAGAAAUUUCCGUUGAUGGGAAAGAUAUCACGAAAGGAUUCUAAGGUCUUAAAGUUCUUGUUUAGGAAGCCAAGAAGAGGACAUAAGUCCAGGGAUGAAGUUGCCUGCAGUGGAGAGUUUGGGGUUUCCCAUGAGGAUAUCCAAUGUCUUUGGCCGACAGUCCCAAUUUCUUCCAAGGUCAUAAACAUUUGGACUGCGUACAUGUCUCAGACCAAGUCCAACUCAUGGUUCUUACCUACUUUCUUUGCGGAACAAGCCGGGUCAAAUGAGGAUCCAUCCAAUGUACCUGUUUCAAUUGCAUCAACAAUAGUUGCUUGUGGGCUGCAGAGGUUCCAUAGGCGGUUGAAGCAUUGUGUUGAGAUUUUCAUCCCAUUGUAUGAUGAAAUCGCCGACCAUUGGUUUUUGUUGGUUAUGAAACUAAAGGAGAAAAUUGCUGAGUUGUGGGAUAGUGUGCCAGAAUUCACAUCAUUGAAUAGACGACUUGAGAUAGCAAGAGCCACCAUGCUUCUACUGCAGACGGUGUUUGGAAGUGCAAUGACGAAGUCCUCAGAUGCUUAUUACAAUUUUCCCUCAUUUCGCCUCUCAUUUCCAGAGGGUAACCAAACCACAGACAACAAAUAUGACAGCGGGAUUUACAUCAUGAUGCAGAUGAAGUGUUAUUCGGAUAAGUGGUUUGAAGGCUAUAAUUCGGAAGAGAUGCGGUCUGCACUUGCACUUGAAAUUGUCAAUAAUUCGAGCAAUGAAUUAUUGAAAUCGGUGAUGAGAGCUGUCAUGAAAGGUGAAGGUUGCGGAGAAGGUAUUUCUAAUGCUGCGAAGGCCACAAAAUCCAAUGCGGAGGCCACACAGUCCAAUGCUGUCGUUGCAACUGACUGUGACACAACUACAGACAUUAUCCAUGAGAAGGUUCCUAACGGUCGGAAAUGUCGCAGCCAUCGCAGGAGAAAAUCCCGAGUCUGAUGAUGAUUUGGACAAUAUUUAGCCAUCCCGAAUUUGUAAUGACUGACAAACUCGGUUUCACUUGUGUCACCCUUCUACUUGCCAAUACCCAAUAGUGUACCACUCUCCAAAAGGGCUGAAGAAUUGGCCUAUGCUAUACAAUGUUGUCGAGAGAUCACAAAAGCAAUGUUAAGGAAGAUAAAACCAGAUCAUCUUGCACUUAGACUGGGUGUUUGAGUUUAGAUAUUUAAGAUACAGCUCCAUUAUUUGUAUUGGUUUUCUGUAUAUGUUCAAAUGAAGCAAAGUUAACCUUAAUGAGAUUAGUUUUCCUAUAA